UUUUACUUGGUCUUUAUUGGCAAUGUUAACAGACAAGGUGUCAGUCAAAACACAAAACACAAGUCACACUAAACACAAUUUCACAAAUACGAUCUGAACUCUCGUGUGUAUUCUUACUUCAAUACUUGCUCUAACUUAUAAUUUAUAAUUAUCGGAGACCUAAAUGAUAGCAUUUAAACAAGGAAAAGUAAAUUGUUUCAUUCAUCCUUAACGCUUAGAGAACUGGAAUUGAUUACAGGCUAAUUGGAGUGAUCCAGGAUGACUUUAUACACCAUGGAAAUUCUGUGCUUUGUUAUCAUUGCAUUUAUAUCGCCCAUAGCCUGGGCAGCAUUUGGCUUUGGCAAUGACAAAGUUCUUCUGUCUGAUGUGAGUGUGUUGACACUAAGACAUGGGCAGAUGACAACAGGGAGAAGAUCGCAGCCAAUCCCUCAGAUGAGCUGUGUUGGCGGUACAGCUGGAUGUAAAGGCUUCACUCCACAAGUUGUGCAAUGCUACAACAGAGGAUCAGAUGGUUUUGAUGUUCAGUGGGAAUGUAAAUCAGACAUGGACAAUGCCUACCGAUUUGGAACUGUGCAGGUAUUGUGUGAGGGCUAUGAAUAUCCUGAUGAUCCGUACAUACUGAAAGGCUCAUGUGGUCUUCAGUAUACUUUAGACCUUACAAAGGAGGGUCACCAACAGGCAGGUAAAGGCCACCAGAACUACUACAAUGAACAUGGAAGCGGCAGUAGCUCCUCUCAAUCGUACCCGGCGCAGAAGUCGUCUGCCAUAGGCGAUGUCGUCAUGUUGAUCAUCGUGGGGCUCAUCAUCUAUGGAAUCUACAAGACGUGCGUGUCGCAGCACGCUCACAGCCCUGACUCAAGUGACUAUCCGGAUGGGGGCGAUUCCCGGUAUCCGGGAAGAUCAGGCUUCGGAGGCGGCGGAAACCCUCCACCGUACGAAUCCAGAGAUAGUUACACACAAGGGGGAGCCAGUUGUGGUGGAACCCAGAGUGGAGGAGCAGGCAGUGCAGGUGGUGGCGGUGGAUUCUGGUCUGGUCUUGCUACAGGCGGUGCAUUGGGCUACCUUUUUGGCAACAGAGGCACUGGAGGCUAUAAUGCAUACCAUCCUGGCCAUCGCACGGGCUGGGGAACUGGUGGAUCAAGCUGGGGUAGUGGUAGGUCAGGCUGGGGCAGUGGUGGCUCAGGCUGGGGAGGAGGCGGUGGAUUUUCUGGCGGUGGCAGCACUGGGACAAGAACAGCAUCAGGUUUUGGUGGAACCCAACGACGAUAACCGAUGAUGUUGUCAAGCCCUUCACACUUUAUCGGUUUUUGAUUACAAUUUUUGUGUGUUAUUGAAAAAUGAGAUUGCGUUGUGGCACCAAACUUUUGAAACUAUAGAGUCAGAUGUAAUAUUUAAGAUGUAAGAUUUAGAUUUUAUUAACGUAUAAAGUCCUACAUAAACGUGUAAUACUAUCGAGAGUUACGCACAAUUAGCAACAAAAUAUAUCAUCACGUAAAAUUGAGACUGUACUGGGUCAUUCUUGCAUAGAGAGUUUGGGCAAAUGAGCUUGGUCUAAGUAGUGAUUGGUUAUUGGCUGAAAAUUUACUAGAAAUAAAGACCACCUACUUUUAAUAGCACGGAUAAUAAUGGCAAACGGGUAUGCAUAGAAAAGUAUAUGAUGAGUGUUGAGUAUGCAUCAAUGGUCUGGAUAAACUACGCCCUAAUACUUCUUUCUUAAACCAAUUUUGCGGUAUAACUUCAUGCAUGAACACUAGUAAAUAGUAGGAAUACCCUUGUGUGGCCUUUGCUUUAUGUGUGUUCUAGUGUCUUUCAAAAUUAACGUGUUUGAGAGAAGAUGGGUUUUAUACAUGUAUAACACCUGUGUGCAUAGACUUCUAAUUGUUUCUCCAUUAAAUCCCGUAUUAAUAUUUUUCAUGUUACAGAAUAUUUUACGUUGAUAGACAUUAGUUAUAUGUUUACUUUGGAUAUACGUGUAACCUUGAGAGCACCUUGUAAUAUUUGGAAACCGAAUAAACAAUCAUCAUCAGCUCAUGGACAUAAAUCGUGUGAUAUUUAACGAAUAAUAUAUUGGAUGUGAUUACUGUGUCUUAUUAUUCUGCAUGCCGUGUAAGUGAAGAGAUGUUUUUCAUUCUUUCAUUGAGGUAGUGUAUUCACUUGGAUUAAAUCAAUUGAGGUAUGUUUACGUGUCCAUUUACGUUUUGGAACGUAGCAAGCUCACUGAUGUUAAGGAAGAAGGAGGUGAGGUUGCUUGAUAAAAGUAAAUCGGAUAGUAAUCCUCAGACGGUGCCCAUGGCCUCAGCAUUGGUAGUAAUUUCUUAUAAUUUCAACAAUGUGUGUAUGGAUUAUUAACAUAAAUCCAAGAAGGAUAGCUGAGUCUGAACGUUAUUUUUUAAAUGAUGAGCUCGUUUGAUCCGCAGAACACAGCAAGACUGUGCCUUAAUUAUUGCUUAGAACUGUAUUUGUUGAAAACCGCGCAAAGGUAAAAUGUUAAUGUAUGCUGUUUAGAAAUAUACUCAAGCUUUGGGUUGAUUUAUAGAACGUGGUUUUACGAAAUACAUAUCAGGCUCGUUAUUAUACCUGUAUAUAUUAAAAUUUUAUUUAAUUUUAAUUAUAAAACCAGUAAAAUUUA